AUGCCCCGGCAUACAGAGGCCAGCUCUGCCCCGCCCGAGGCCCACGGCCUGGACAACAUGGCGGCGGACUUCCUGGAGAGCCUGGAGGAAGGCCAGCUCCCUGGCAGCAGCCUGGGCCGCGUUAAGGACGGUAGCAGCGGCUGGAACGGGGCAGCGCCAGAGCCCCUCUCCCGAUGGAAGAGCCUGCAGCGGCCAGCGUUGAGAGCCACCCACUUCUGCCGGCAGCACGCACAGGUGUUCCGCUGGAUCCUGGUGGGCCUGCUCUGCACAGCCUAUGCCGCCUUUCUGCUCAUUGCCUGCCUCCUGAACUUCCAGAGGGCCCUGGCGCUGUUUGUGCUCACCUGUGUGGUCCUGGCGUUCCUGGCCUAUGGCCUGCUCAAGAGGCUGCUGGGGCCCAGGCUAAGGGGGCGCAUUAAUCUCCGCAGCCAUUCCCGCCUCAGACUCUGGCUUCAGAGAUGUCUGGCCCUCGCUGCCCUCCUGGCCCUGGUGCUGUGGCUGUGUCUGGACACCGCUCGGCGGCCUGAGCAGCUGGUGUCCUUUGCAGGAAGCUGUGUGUUUGUGGUCGUGCUCUUUGCCUGCUCAAAGCACCACCGUGCUGUGUCCUGGCGAGCCGUGUCCUGGGGCCUCGGGCUACAAUUUGUACUGGGACUGUUUGUCAUCAGAACUGAACCAGGAUUCAUCGCGUUCCAGUGGCUGGGCGAGCAGAUCCGGGUCUUCCUGAGCUACACGGUGGCCGGCUCCAGCUUCGUGUUUGGGGACACCCUGGUGGCAGAUGUCUUUGCCUUUCAGGUUCUGCCCAUCAUCAUCUUCUUCAGCAGUGUCAUGUCGAUCCUCUACUACGUGGGCCUCAUGCAGUGGGUGAUCCUGAAGAUCGCCUGGCUGAUGCAGGUCACCAUGGGCACCACGGCCACCGAGACCCUGAGCGUGGCAGGAAACAUCUUCGUGAGCCAGACUGAGGCUCCUCUGCUGAUCCGGCCCUACCUGGCAGACAUGACCCUGUCUGAAGUUCACGUGGUCAUGACUGGAGGCUACGCCACCAUCGCCGGCAGCCUGCUGGGCGCCUACAUCUCCUUUGGGAUUGAUGCAUCCUCCCUUAUUGCUGCCUCCGUGAUGGCCGCCCCCUGUGCCCUGGCUCUGUCCAAGUUGGUCUACCCUGAGGUGGAGGAGUCCAAGUUCAAGAGAGAGGAAGGCGUGAAGCUGAGCACUGGAGACGCCCAGAACCUCGUGGAAGCCGCCAGCAGCGGGGCCGCGGUCUCCGUGAAGAUCGUGUCCAACAUCGCCGCCAACCUGGUGGCCUUCCUGGCCGUGCUGGCCUUUGUCAAUGCCACGCUCAACUGGCUCGGCCAUCUGGUGGAUGUGCAGGGGCUCAGCUUUGAGCUCAUCUGCUCCUACGUGCUGCGGCCUGUGGCCUUCCUGAUGGGCGUGGCCUGGGAGGACUGCGCGGUGGUGGCGGAGCUGCUGGGCAUCAAGCUGUUCCUGAACGAGUUCGUGGCCUACGAGGAGCUGUCCAGGUACAAGCAGCGCCGUUUGGCAGGGGUUGACGAAUGGAUCGGCUCCCAGAAGCAGUGGAUCUCGGUCAGAGCAGAGACCCUCACUACAUACGCCCUCUGCGGGUUCGCCAACUUCAGCUCCAUUGGCAUCAUGCUGGGAGGCCUGGCGUCCAUGGCCCCAGAACGGAAGAGCGAGUUCUCCAAGAUUGUGCUCCGGGCGCUCUUCACCGGGGCCUGCGUGUCGCUGAUGAAUGCCUGCGUGGCCGGGAUCCUCUAUGUGCCCAGGGAGGCGCCCGUCAACUGCACUGCCCUGCUGAGCACGCCACUCACCAACAGCAGCUUCGAGGUGUACCAGUGCUGCCGCGAGGUCUUCCAGAGCUUGGAGUUCGGCCCUGGGGCCCUGGACAACUGCUGCCAGUUCUACAACCGCACUGUCUGCCCCUAG